UUUCCCCCUUUCCAUAUACCAAACGGCCCAUCUCAACUUCCCCUGUUAGCUCUUGGACUCCUUCUUCUGCUCAAAAGAAAACAAUGAGCCUAUUCCAUUCGAAGAAUAAGAAAUCAGACACAAAAUCCCCUCACCUCUUAAAGAAAAUGGUGCUCCAUUCUCCUGGUUCUUGAACGAAAACAGACCUCUUUGAUUUCAUAGGUCUUCAACAAAACCAGUCGACCACCAAGCUCCGCGGAAAUCCGGCGAAAUCCUCCAUUCCCUCUCAAUUCUGACGCUGAAGACACACACAUACAGAGAGUAAAAAUUAAAUAGUUUCGGCCUUCGAUUUUCACUCAUGGAUUUUGUUUGAAGCUCUGUUGUUGUAUCGUGGUUCAGCAGUGUUUGUUCGACGAUGAGGUUCGUGGUUCCGAGUCCGAUUUGCUAUCGUCCUCUCGUUCAGAUUUUAGACUGGAAUCUCGCUCGACUAAGUUGCUGUAUUAAUUGAAUUCUGAAAUGAAAUUUCUCAUUAUAAGACGACUUUUGCGUUCCAAAUUUUGCAUCUGAAGAUCUGAUUAUUUAGCUCUGUGUUUGAAUUUUUGCCGAACCAAAUUCGCUGGUUCAAGCUUUGCGAGUAAGCUUGUGUUGGAAUUUUGAAUCGAAGUUUCUCUGUGUGCUUGCAUUUGUGGUUCGUGGUAAUUUCGGUUCGAGUUCGGGGGUAUGUUAGGCUAAGCUCUCGUCGGAGGCUCGUUGUUCAGAUUCGUUUGAGCUUCAGCUUGCCGAUCUGGGCCUUUAUUUGACUUAUACUUUCUUCUGCAAUUCAUUGUAUCAUAAGUGGGUGUAUGCCUAGAAACUCUUCGAGGACUGGAGAACUGCUAGAAGGACUCUCAGACCCCGAGAAAACAUUCAGGGCAUUGAACCAUGCCAACAAGAGGAUCCAACAAUCACAACAACCACACCAGCUCGAAUUUGACAUGGGUGACGUAGAAAACGUCAACGGAAACGUCGGGGAUGCGCCAGCUCCCCCAAACGUUAGAGUAGUGGCACCUCUUGUGCCAGAAGCUGCACUUUAUGAUUGAGCAUAACCUACAGCUGACAACCUGGCUACUGCCAUAGCUGUACCCCCAAUCCAAGCAGAGACAUUCCAGAUCACUAACAACAUAUUGUAUCUUCUGCAGAAUAAGGGAUUGUUCUCCGGGUCACACAUUGAAGACCCUCAACAACACUUGAAAAAUUUUCUGUUGAUUUUUGUGACCCAAAUGUAGCCGAAUGUGACCCCAGAAGCUAUCAAGCUGUUACUGUUCCCGUUCUCUGUGACUGGGGAAGCUCAAACUUGGCUGAAUUAGCUCCCAAUCAAUUCCAUUGUCACCCGGGAGGAAUUAGUCAAGCAGUUCCUGAAUAAGUUCUACCCGCCCAACAAGACUGCAAUGUAGAUUGAUGAAAUAUUGCAGUACAAGCAGCAGCCGACUAAGACCUUACAGGAAACUUGGGAAAGAUUCAAAGGGAUGCUAAUGAAGUGUCCUCACCAUGGUAUUCCGGACCAGAUGCUCGGUCAGAGGUUCUACAUUGGGUUAGCGUACAAUCUAAAGGACAAUGUGGAUGCUUUAGCUGGGGGUGCAUUUUUGAGUAAGACAUUCACCGAAUGCAAAGUCCUUCUUGACAAGAUGUCCCAAAAUUCGGGGUGGAUGACUAGAGGUACAACACUAGCUCCCAUAGUGCAUUCCGUUCCUCUUGACCCAAAUAAUUCGCAUGCAGAGAACAUGGCCACACUCCUGACUCAGAUGAGUAUAUUGACAAAGAAGAUUGAUGAGAUGAGUACAAAACAGGUGCAUAUUGUUGACACGACAAAUGGAGGACUAUGUACACCCUGUGUUAAUCAGUCUUAUGUGUGCUCAUGGAGUGGAGAAGGUGACAAUCAAGGGGUAAGAGAAGAUAUGAAUUAUGUUAGCAACUUUGGGGAUCAGAGACAAAGAGAACAACAGUGGAGACCGACACCAAAUCAGCAAUACAGGCCAAACAUGCAACAGCCUGGAGGUAUGCAACCCCAAGGCCAAAUGGUGCCAUACCAGAGACAGCAGAGUUAUCCACAGCAGAACCACCAGCAACAGUUGACAUAUCAGCCACCUCCCCAACAGCAAGAUAAUAACAUGGUAGAGAUAAGAAGUAUGCUUCAGCAACUCAUUGGGACAAAUAGUAAGAUGCAGGAAAAGUUGACAGUGCAUGAUUCAGCUAUAAAGAUCAUUGAAACUCAGUUGGGGCAGCUAUUUAUGUCUUUAAACAACCCCCCCCCCCAGGGAACAUUGCCAGCAGACACAAACAUUAACCCGAAGGAACAAAACACGAAUCAGCUGACGGCAGUGAGUCUCCGGAAUGGGAGAGAUUUAGACAAAGAGCAGGAAGUUGACAAGCCAGUAAAGAGACUACGCCAGCCACUCCAGUUCCACUAGAGGUAGAUGAACCAGCAGAACUUACUGAAGUGGUGGUUGAAUAAGGUCAGGAUGAAAAGGGUAAGGCUAAGGUGAGUGAAUAAGCUGCAGAAUAGGGGGCACCUCUUGUGCCACAGAACUCCAAUAAAGAGAAACCAGCAAGCAGUGCACAAAGGGUGAUACCUGCACCAUUCCCUAGAAACUGGUAAAACAAAAGAAGGAAGAUAGCCAGCCAAUGACUCAAUGGACCAACGGAUUCAUCAGAAAUAGGCUUUUGGCUAUCCGUUGAUCGAUUCGUGAUGAUGUGCCUCUUAAGACGGAUAGCCAGCCAAUGACUCAAUGGACAACAUUGGGCCGUUUGAUGAAGUACAGUCUGUACAUAACGAAUAUAAGCUUGUAAAUUACACAUAAAAGUUUGGUUUCCUGAAACCACUGAUCUAUGUCUCAAAAUAGCAUAUCAAACAUUAAAUUAUUCAUUAUUCAUAUAGAGAAACCCAACUAAUUUUGGGAUGUACUAGCUGAUUACAACAACAACAACUAUACUGUAGUACCAAACAAGUUGGAGUCAGCUAUAAGAAUUCUUAUGUUUCUCCGCUUAA